AUGGUCACGGUCGUCAUCAAGAACCCCUCCGCGUCGUCGCCAGGCGACUUCAGGACGCGAGUGCGAGCGGCGGGCACGGUGGGCGACGUGAAGCGACAGCUGCAGGAAGAGUACGCGGGACACCCCGACCCGUCGCGACAGAAGCUGAUCGUCGCCGGCCAGCUCGUGAAAGACUCGCUCCUCGUCCGCGACGUAUUUAAACAGAAGAACCUGAGCGAGCCCCAGGUGAUGCACCUCGUCGUCUCUUCCGCUCCCCCCGGCACCUCCUCCGCGCCGUCCUCCGCGCCCUCUUCCGCGCCCUCCACGACUCACUCCAGCCGCUCCGUCUCCCCCACGCCCUCCUCCUCCGCGCGCGCCCACUCGCGCGCCACCCUCCCUGCCUCCAACCUCGCGCUUGCUCCUUUCCCUGCCGCGCCUGCGCCAAUCCCUGCGCCCGCCGCCGCCGCCUCACUGCAGCGCGCAGGCGCUGUCCCGGGGUCCGGGCAGGCGCACGCAGUGGAGGCGGACGGGCCGGCUGUAGCGCCGGCCGCUGCAGCUGCGGCGCCCGCUGUGGCUGCUGCAGCCGCGGGUCCUGGCGCAGCGGAUGGGGGGCUUACAGCGAGCGGGGGAGAGGCAGGAGGGCGAGCACCCACAGCAGCACCCACAGCAGCAACAACAGCUCCAGCUGUUACGCAGGCCGCUGCCGCUGCUGGGGGGGGAGAGCAGCAGCAAGCCAUCCUUCAGCUGCUCGGUGCGCUGCAACACACUGCGCCCACUGGCCUGCCGCCUCUGCCCUUCUCGCCUCUCAUGGCGCCGCCCCUGCCGGCCCUUCCGCCGCCAUACUCGCCUUUCACGCUGCCGCCCUUCAUGCUGCCUGCUGACUCUUCCAUGCCUGCAUCAGCCCUCUACCCACCUUUACUGCACUCCCCUCUGCUCCCCCUCUCCAUGCCGCCCAUGCCCUUCCCCUUCGCUUUCCCUUUUCCCUGGCCCUCCCCUCCGCCCAUGCCCAUGCCGGGUGAUCCCCUCGCACCCAUCGCCUUUGCCCCUCCCAUGCCUCCCUUCGCCUUCCCACCCACCAUGCCUCCUCCGCACCCAUUCGCCAGCAACGGCAACAGCCCUGCCCCCCCUGUUGGCGCGCCUGUGCACACCCACCCGCACCACCCACCCACUGUGGGCCUCGCACCACCACCGCCCGCACCAGCGGCAGCACCUUUGCCUCAGGCAGGGGCAGCACAGCCCCAUCCCGCCGCCCCUGCUGCAGCGCCAGGUGCCGUGGGGGAGGAGGCGGCAGCAGCGGCGGCCGUGCAGCAGCAUGUGCGGCAGGCGGGCGCAGUGGGAGGGGUGGAGGAGGAGUGGCAGCAGCAGCUGCAGCAGCGGCUGCAGGCGGUGAUGCAGGCAGUGCGGCAGCAGCAGAUGGCAGAGCACCACGCUGCCAUGGCCGCUGCUGCUGCUGCCGCCGCUGCUGCACAGAGGGGGGGCGCAGGUGGGCUUGCAGGAGUGCCAGGAGGAGGCAGGGCGGCAGGAGAUGCAGCAGGGCAUGUGGGGGUGGGGGGGGCGGCAGCAGUGGAGGGCGCGCCUAGAGUGCGGCGCAUUCAGUUUGCGAUCCGCAUCGACCUCAUGCUGCUGCUCAAGCUCACGCUGCUCGUCUAUGUGUUCGGCCAGGGCGGGGGCUACCGCCGCUUCUUUGCCCUCAUCGCUGCUGCUCUCUUCAUCUACCUGUACCAAGCGGGCGUGCUGGCGCCGCUGCUGCGAUGGCUCUCCCACCGCGCGCAGGCCGCCAUGGGCCUGCCUCCCCACCCCCCCCACGCCGCUGCUGCCCCCCACGCUGCUGUGCCACCUCAGGCUGGAGCCGGGGCUGCAGGGGGUGGGGGAGGGGCGGCAGGGGUGGAGGGAGGUGUCGGCGGGGCGGCAGGUGGUGUGCAGGGCCAAGCAGGCGCGGCAGCGACGGUCCGCGCGCCGCUCGUGGCGGCUGUCAUGGCGUCCACCCACUCAGACGCCGCGGACUCCCAAUCGGACGGCUCAGAUUCUCCAAUUCUCGUGGAGCGACCGGGUCCGUCCGAUGUGACUACGGUUGGCGAACUGGCAGACAGGGAGGCCGCAGGGGGCGCAGCCGCUGGCGGGGCGGAGUCGAAGGCGGACGACUCGUCCGCGGAACCACCAUGCAGCGAUGGCGCGCCCGGCGAUCCGCGGAAGGAACGCGCGGAGCCCCCGGGGCAGGACGAGGCGGAAUCCGCAGCGGCGCUGGUGUCGCCGUCGAAAGCGCACGGGCGAGAGAGAGGCGCGGCGGGGUCGGGGCAGGGCGAGGUGGCGGCGGCUGUGGGGCAGGUGGCGGCGGGCGUGGCUGCGGGCGUGGCGGGUCUCGCGAGCAGCGCGGGCGCCGAGGCAGCCGCCGUCGUGAGCAGCCUGGGCGAGCGGUGGGGCGGACGGGGGAAGAUCGAGAGAAUGCGGGGCGAGCGGGGGAGCGGGUGA